UUCACCAAUGCCAAAACUUCUUUCCGUUUCCAAUGUCAUCAUCUUCUUCUUCUUCCUAAUACUAUGCUUUCUCAACAAUGCUACAACAAUCUUCGCUACCCAAUUCGACUUUAACACCAUAACACUGAGCACCCUCAAGCUUCUCGGCGAUGCCCACAUCAACAAAAACUCCGUCAGCCUCACCGGCGAACCCGCCGUCCCCAACUCCGCCUCCGGCAGAGCCCUUUACUCCAAACCCAUCAGAUUCCGGCAACCCGGAACCCCCAUUCCGGCGAGCUUCGCCACCUCCUUCUCCUUCUCCGUCACCAACCUCAACCCUUCCUCCGUCGGCGGCGGACUCGCCUUCGUAAUAUCUCCGGUCGAUGACGCCGUCGGAGACCCCGGAGGGUACCUCGGCCUGGGCGGCGGCGGCGGGUUCCUCGCAGUUGAGUUCGAUACUCUCAUGGACGUGGAGUUCAACGACAUUAACGGUAACCAUGUUGGGUUGGACCUUAACAGCGUGGUUUCAACGCAGGUUGGUGACUUGGGAACCCUCGCAAUCGAUUUGAAAAGCGGUGACUCGGUGAACGCGUGGAUCGAGUUCGAUGGAACCACCAAAGGGUUUUGCGUGUGGGUUUCGUACUCGAAUGUGAAGCCUAAAGAUCCGAUUUUGAAGUUGGAUCUUGAUGUGGGUGAGUACGUGAAUGAAUGGAUGUUCGUGGGUUUCUCUGGGUCUACACAGGGUAGCACAGAGGUUCACAAUGUUGAGUGGUGGAGUUUUAACUCCACCUUUGAUUCCACGGCGGCGGCGCUGCCUCCGCCGAUACCUCCCAACCCAAAUGCCACUUCACCAUCACCUUCAUUGGCUCCUGAAAAAGAGAGUAAAUCUUCAUGCCACAGUGGGUUAUGUAAGCAAGGUAUGGAAGCUGUUGCUGGGGUUGUAACUGCUGGUGCUUUUGUUAUGGCUGUGUUUGUUGGUGCAUUGAUUUGGAUGUACUCUAAGAAGGUUAAGCAUGUGAAGAGAUUUGAUUCGUUUGAGUCGGGGAUAAUCAGAAUGCCUAAAGAGUUCACCUACAAGGAGCUUAAAUUGGCCACCAAGUGCUUCAGUGCUAAUAGGAUAAUUGGUCACGGUGCGUUUGGGACGGUUUAUAAGGGUGUAUUCCCAGAGAAUGGUGACAUUGUUGCGGUGAAGAGGUGUAGCCAUAGUGGUCAGGGUAAGAAUGAGUUUAUAUCUGAAUUGUCCAUAAUUGGAAGUCUUAGGCAUCGAAACCUUGUUCGCCUUCAAGGUUGGUGCCAUGAGAAAGGUGAGAUUUUGUUGGUGUAUGACUUAAUGCCUAAUGGGAGUUUAGAUAAGGCUUUGUAUGAGGCUAGAAUGCCUUUAUCAUGGCCUCAAAGGCGCAAAAUUUUGUUAGGUGUUGCAUCUGUUUUGGCCUAUUUGCAUCAUGAGUGUGAGAAUCAGGUAAUUCACAGGGACAUUAAGACUAGUAACAUAAUGUUAGAUGAAGGGUUCAAUGCCCGGCUAGGUGAUUUUGGUUUAGCGAGGCAAACGGAGCAUGACAAGUCUCCUGAUGCCACGGUGGCUGCCGGGACAAUGGGGUACCUGGCGCCUGAGUAUGUCCUUACAGGUAGAGCCACUGAGAAAACUGAUGUGUUCAGUUAUGGUGCUGUGGUUCUUGAGGUGGCAAGUGGGAGAAGACCUAUAGAGAAAGAUGCCAAUGUGGUUGAGGUUAGCCGCAAUUUGGUAGAAUGGGUUUGGAGUUUGCACCAGGAAGGGAAGUUGCUAAUGGCUGCUGAUCCAAGGCUUGAGGGUGAGUUUGAGGAAGGGGAGAUGAGGAGAGUACUCUUGGUUGGGCUAGCUUGCUCACACCCUGAUUCAAUGGCAAGACCUACUAUGAGGGGUGUUAUUCAGAUGCUGCUGGGUGAGGCAGAAGUGCCAAUUGUCCCUAGAACCAAGCCAUCUACUAGUUAUAGUACUUCCCACCUCUUAAUGAGCUUGCAAGAUAGUGAAUCUGAUUGUAAUGGUAGAAUCACCAUCUCCACCUCCUCAGGAGAGAACAGCUUCAAUGAUAGAGAUAUUGUCUGAUGGAAAUAUGUGGCUGGGAUCAUGUCAUUUUUAAUUAUUGACUCAAAAUGUAGAUAGAGAGAGAUAUGUAUUCUUUUGUUCAUGUAUGUAAAUGCCAAUAACAUGCAAUUAAAGGCCUUGAGAAAGGAAAGAAAUUUUGGGGUAUAU